AUGGUCUUCGUUGCCAAUGCCACGCCUGAGAUUGAUGCUCAAUCGAAAUAUCCGGCCAUUAUCGCAAUAUGCGUUGUCAUGCCAGUUAUUGCAGUUGUUCUUGUUCUUAUGCGCAUACAAAUCCGCAAAAGCAAACACGCUCUCAUGCUCGACGACUGGCUAGCUGUUGUGGCAAUGGUCAUGGGCGUAGCCUAUUCAGUAUUGUGCAUAGUUCAAACGAAAUAUGGUCUAGGGCUACCUCCCGCUAUUCGCCCAAAAGCCAAUCUAAAUAAGUACGCAGAAGUCAACUUCGCCGGCCGACCUAUCUACCAAAUGGGCAUCAGCUUCUUCAAGAUUGCCCUUCUUGUUAGUUACUUGCGAUUACUGCAAGAUACGAGCCACAAGAUGUACAGACUCUGUGUGUGGAUAGCGAUCGCUUUUGUCUUCUUCAGUCAUCUUGGCUGCACACUCUCGCUGAUCUUUGCCUGCACGCCUGUCGAGAGAUCAUGGCGACCGUUGGUAAAAGGCACAUGUAUCCCCGAUGGACCAUCUUUUACUGCGUAUGCAGCUAUUACGAUCGUGUCCGACAUUAUAGUUGCGCUGAUGCCUAUCCCCGUUUUACUCAAAAUCAACAUUGGCACGGCUAAAAAGCUUGGACUCAUUGGCAUGUUCACAUUGGGACUCUUUACAACCGUGUGCUCCAUCUUGCGAUACUCGCAGAUUCACAGAAUCCAAUAUGGAGACCAUGAUUCCACCAUGCUGGUCGUUUGGGGCGUCAUUGAAUUCAACGUUGGUAACAUGCUUUCGUCUCUACCCUUUCUUACGCCAGUCUGCAUUCGCAAGGCCAAAGAAUACCGCAAUAAACGCUCUGCUUAUGGAUAUGGAUCAAACCACACCAGCCGCAAUGGUGGGCUUGGUAGCUCACACAAAGACGUUUCUCAAUCGCAUGAGCUUGGCUAUGUUGCAAAUGGCACCUCUCCCUCUUUGAAACUAAGUCCAAGUAUUAUUGGAGACUCCAAGAAGAAUCAACACACGAUCAUGAAAUCAGUUACCUAUAGUGUUAGCGUGGAGGAUGAGGAAGCGCUGAUUGGAAGACGGACUCCCCAGAGCGGUUUUGGAGUCGCGCGAUAG